AUGAAUAAUUUGAUUAAUGCUGAAUCAAACAUCAAGAAAUUGGAACAAAAAGAAGCUGAUAUUAUCCAUUAUAACCAUGAGCAAGGUGAAUUUAAAGAUCACAAAGAUCCAAAUCAACAACAAGAUGAUUAUUUACAACCUCAAAGAUCACAUCAACCAUCAAUUAAUCAACCUCAACGCACUCCAACGCCACAACAGCAGCAGCCACAACCAACUGGUAAUGAAGAACAACAAGAGUCUGAAAGAACAGACGAUUUACAUGAAGAAGAGAACAAUGGUGAAGAUGAAGAAGCAGAAAAUGAAGAAGGUGAUGAAGAUGAAGAUGAUGUACGUUCAACAACUUCCUCGGAAGAAGAUUUUACAUUACGAAACCGUCAAGAUGCAAUUAAUUCGACACAUCCUUUUGGUAUUAGAAUUUGGAAACCAGCUUUAUACAAGAAAAAUAGAUCCGUUCAAAGGGAAGCUGAUCAAGAUAUCCAUGAAACUGAUGACUUGAAAAAAAAGAAAGUUUCUUGGGAAGUUCAUUUUACCAAUAUUAUAUGGUCAUUAACUUUUGGUCUUUUAUUAUUCAUUUUAUGUCUUAUUGGAUCAGUUUUCUUGGUAAUUACUGGUUAUAGUUCUGUUAAUUAUGCAAAAGUGUUUUUCAAUUUAGGUAUUUAUCUCUUGUGGCCAUUUGGGAAAGUUAUUUAUUUGAAAAAAGAUGAAAACUACUUGAGUGAAGAUCUGAAUGAAGGCUCUACAUUUGUUGAAUAUGAACGUUGGAGAAACGAGGAGCAUAAUAAGUUGUUCUUUACUUCAAGCCAUAUUAACUUACCAACUGUUGGAAAUACUUCAUCAAAUCCUAAUAAUAAUAAUAGUAACGUUCCACCUCAAAGACCUCAACCUCAACAACAACUGUCCCAACAAUCUCAACAAAGAAAUUUGGUGCCACUACCUUCCAUAGAGGAAAAUAUUGAUGAAGAUAAUGAUAAUAAGAAGAAAAGAUUAUUUGGAAGAGGUGAUUGGAGUUUAGGAAGAAUUUUGUUUUAUUUAUACUUCUAUUUUGUUUUACAACCAAUUUUCCUCUUAAUCUGGGCAUUAUGUUGGCUAGUUGUAUUCACCAUUCCAAUGGCCAAGAUUAUUUCUACAUUGACUGAUCAUUUGAGAAGACAUCCAUUGGCAAUUUUUUUCAAAUUUGAUUCUUCAAAACCUUUACCAUCUGACAAAUUUUAUAAAAAUUCAAACAUUUUGUUAUGUACCUAUAGAUCAACAGGUUUCCAUUAUUAUAAAUAUACUGUGGAGGGUACAAAUGUGUUCUUCAUUAAUUUAAUGGCUGUUGUUAUUUUCACAAUUUUGGAUUUUUUCGUCUUGAAAGAUUUCAUGGGUAUUGAUGUUUUAAUAACAAAUGAAUCAGUCAUAUUUGCAUUAUGUCUUUUAUCAAUCAUUCCAUUAGCUUAUUUCAUUGGUCAAGCUGUUGCUUCUAUCAGUGCCCAAUCUUCAAUGGGUGUUGGUGCUGUUAUUAAUGCAUUCUUUUCAACCAUUGUGGAAAUUUUCCUAUAUUGUGUUGCAUUAAAUCAACAUAAAGGUUCAUUGGUGGAGGGUUCAAUGAUUGGUUCAAUCUUGGGUGCUGUUUUAUUACUACCAGGGUUAUCAAUGUGUUCAGGUGCUUUGAUCAGAAAGACUCAAAGAUAUAAUCCAGCAAGUGCAGGUGUUUCAUCAACAAUGUUGUUGUUUUCAAUUAGUGCAAUGUUUGCACCAACCAUCUUCCAUGAAAUUUAUGGAUCUUAUGAAAUUAAAUGUAUUCCAUGUCCCCCUUCCACAAUGCAAUUAUCCUUACCACCAACUAAAACUUGUCAAAAAUGUCAUUUUUUCCAACCUCCACUGAAAGUUGAUUCAUUAUUUCGUGAUGUAUUGAGACCAUUUUCAAUUGCUUGUGCAUUGUUAUUAUUUCUGGCUUACACAAUUGGAUUGUGGUUUACUUUGAGAACACAUGCAGCAUUAAUAUGGCAAACACCAAUUACUGAAAAACAAGCAAAACAACAGCAACAACAACAGCAAUCAAUUCAGUCACCAUCAGUGGAAAAUAUUGCUGAGGUCCAACAAUCUCAAGUUAUUGAAUCAAAUGGACAUGAUGCACCAAACUGGUCCAGACAAAAAUCUACAUUUGUUUUAUUGGGUGCUACAUUGUUGUAUGCAAUCAUUGCAGAAAUUUUAGUUGAUUGUGUUGAUUCAGUUUUGAAAAAUUUCCCAAUCAAUCCAAAAUUUUUAGGUAUAACAAUUUUUGCACUAGUUCCAAAUACUACUGAAUUUUUAAAUGCCAUUUCAUUUGCCACACAUGGUAAUGUUGCAUUAUCUAUGGAGAUUGGAUCAGCUUAUGCCUUACAAGUUUGUUUGAUUCAAAUUCCAUCAUUGGUUUUAUAUUCUAUUUUCUUCAUCUCUGAUCAAGAUUCGUUGGUUAAUGUUAAAGAAUCAAUGUUCACUUUGAUUUUCCCAAGAUGGGAUCUUGUUGCUUCUUUGAUUUCAGUUGUUUUGUUCACAUAUAUUUAUGCUGAAGGGAAAUCUAACUAUUUUAAGGGAAGUAUCUUGAUCUUGAUUUAUAUCAUUGUCAUUAUGGGCUUCUACUUCACAGGCAGAAUUGAAUCAAGUGAUUUAUUCUUUUCAAAUUUCAUCAUUACUUGA